CAUGAAACAUGUGACAAAGCUGAACCAGGACUGUUGAGCAGCUAUGGUCCUCUACCUGACAAGAAUGAGACAACAUUCAUCUCCCCAAAAAUCCUUCAGCUGCUCUCCUCAGUUCCCAGAUUUUUGCGGACUGUUGAACAUUACAUUCUGUUUUUAAUUUACAUUUUACACAGUGACCCACAACUUUUUUCGGGAACUGGGCUUGUACUAAAUAAAGCACAUGUACAUUAAAACCGGGUAAUUAUAUUUCAGGGGGUGUGGUACUAUCUUAUUACAGUGAACUAAAACAGAACUUAAAAGUAUGUCUGAAACCUUUCUUUGAAUUUAAACUUUCUUAAAAGUACAAAUGAAAAUAAACAGGAAACAUCCUUAGUUUUUGUCAGUCUGGUCAAAUUUGCCAACAUAACCAGCCUCAGGAUGCGUUACUGAGAUUUUAUAAACAGCUGACACACCGUCUUAUCAGUAUUGUUAUUCUGCAGUUGUAGUAUAAUAGAUAGUAAGUUAGAUACUUUGAUCCCACAGGGGAAAGUUUUGUAGCAUGAUAAAGAGUAAAAAUAGAACAGUCUACAAUACACAACAAUAAACAACACAGUUAAAAUAAAAGUGCCACACAUGCCCGGGCCUCAUACUAUGAGAUAGUGCAGGAAUUUAUGUAUUUACAACAGUGAUAAAAAAAACAAGGAAAGUAAAAUUGAAGUUAGGUGAAACAGUUAAAGUAAGACUGAAAUUGUGUAAGAAAAACGUGCAACUUGUAUUAUUAAAUAAUAUGCAUCCUCUAAAUCUAUAGUGUAAAACGAGCUGCACGAAGGUAUAAUACAAAAACAUGUCCUGGCAGGUGUGUUCACCUGUCACAGGAUGCGGCGUUAUCCCUGAAAAAUACACAUUAAAGAAUAUGUCAAACACUGGAACUCAAAACAAAAAUAGCAGUAGAAUAGGUUUGGGCCUGUACCACCUGAUGCCGCCAAUCUCUGGACACACCCCUGCACAUGUUUACCUGGAGGUCAGAUAAUUACCCAGGGGAAGGCGGAGGGAGAGCAUUAGUGUGGAUUGUACCUGUUAGGACAAAAAUUGACGUGUUUCAGUCUUUACAGUUAUGUAACACAGCUAGUGUGUACUGUCCGAAUAACUGAAGUGAAGAGAGAGAGCGAGAAAGGGAGGGAGGAACACCUUCAGUGUUUAAGGCUGCAGGCUACCUGUUCGUCCUCCACAGUCUGCAGUGGGAAGUCGCUCCAGCUCAGUGUGGCACUCACUCUGCGCGUGCGGGCGAAAACACUUGCGACAAACUCCUGGAAACUUCUCCGAGCCCCAAACAGCGCACAGUGAUGCCGCACAGACUGCGCCGAUUCACGGUGCGUUUAAGCGGAAUGAAGCAGUAAUUAGUGCGCCUACAGCAGCAGCAGUGGCGUGAGAGGACAAGGGCACCGAGUGCUGGGAGUCUUUGAAUGGGUUUGGACGUGUGCGCUCUGGCUUUGCUCGGAUGGGAUGCACGGUGAGCUUCAUCUGCUGUGAAGAGGACUUUCUGCAAAUGCCUGUUUACCAUCAUGAGGAGGAGACGAAGAAAGGGAGCCCGAAGAAGCCAGAGGAGUUGGAGGCUCUUCAUUCCCACACGUUCCGGGUGAAGACUUUCAAGAAGGCAAAGCACUGCAGCGUCUGCAAACAAACCAUCGUCCAAGACGGCUUCAUCUGCCGAGUGUGCCGAAUCGCAUGCCACAAGAAAUGUGAAGUCAAGGUGUCCUCAUCUUGUGUUCCAGCAACAAACUAUGAGCUGGCGCCGAGCAGUGACCUCCCUCUCAAACAUGUAGACACCAUGGGCUCAACAAAAUCCUCAAAGAGCAUGGAGUCACGGCGCAGACCAUCAAGGAGUGCGAGUCUGCUGCAGGCCCUGGAGGAGAGCUACGAGCUGGACCUGAUCUACAUCACAGAGCGGAUCAUCUCCGUCUCCUUCCCCAGCAAUGUGGAGGAGCAGAGCUACGCUGCCAACCUGAGGGAGGUGGCCUCCAUGCUGCGAUCAAAACACGGGAACAACUACCUGCUCUUCAACCUCAGUGAGAAGCGCUAUGACAUCAGCCAACUGAAUCCAAAGGUUCUGGACUUUGGCUGGCCCGACCACCACGCUCCAGCCUUGGACAAAAUCUGCAGCAUCUGUAAGGCCAUGGACACGUGGCUGAGUGCGGACAGCCACAAUGUUGUGGUUAUACACAAUAAGGGCAAUCGAGGCAGAACAGGAGUGGUGGUGGCGGCUUACAUGCAUUACAGCAACAUAUCUGCCAGCGCCGACCAGGCUCUGGACAGGUUUGCCAUGAAACGCUUCUAUGAAGACAAAGUGCUUCCUGUGGGUCAGCCAUCUCAGAAAAGGUAUGUGGAGUACUUUAGCGGCUUGCUGUCCGGACACAUCAAGAUCAACAACAAGCCGCUGUUCCUCCAUCACGUCAUCAUGCACGGCAUCCCGAACUUUGAGUCCAAGGGAGGUUGUCGUCCUUUUCUCAAAAUCUACCAGGCCAUGCAGCCCAUCUACACAUCUGGGAUCUAUAAUGUCCAGGGCGACAGCCAGACCAGCAUCUGCAUCACCAUUGAACCUGGCCUCCUUCUGAAGGGGGACAUCCUGCUUAAGUGCUACCACAAGCGCUACCGCAGCCCAUGCCGAGACGUGAUCUUCCGGGUACAAUUCCACACCUGCGCUGUUCACGACCUGGGGAUUGUCUUUGGGAAAGAUGAGCUAGAUGAGACAUUUAAAGAUGAUAGAUUUCCAGAAUAUGGAAAAGUGGAGUUUAUUUUCUCCUUUGGACCAGAGAAAAUACAUGGUCAAGGUGUGGACCACCUGGAGAACGGGCCGAGUGUCUCAGUCGACUACAACACCCAAGAUCCCCUGAUCCGCUGGGACUCCUACGAAAACUUCAAUCAGAACUGCGAGGACACCACAGAAGGUGAAAAUGUCAUUCAUACCCAAGGACCCCUGGAUGGCAGCCUCUACGCCAAAGUUCGCAAAAAAGAAUCUGUUGAUGGAGCAGUCACAUCGAACGGCCUUCCACCCUCUGCUAUUGAACAUGCUUUACCUGCGGUUGACCAUGCCUUGUCUGUGAGCAGUGACUCAGGAAACUCUACUGCCUCUAUCAAAACCGACCGAACUGAUGAAGCAACAGCAGCCCCUCCGGCUUCCACAGUGAACCAGACACACAUUCCUGUGGGUGAGGAGUUACCCUCGGUCCAUCAACACGCUCCACCUGCCCAACAGUCCAUCAGUCCGCAAGAGAAAAAGGAGCUAGAGCAGCUACUGAGUGGCUUGGAGGGGCCCAUGCACAGACAGGCCUACCUAUCCACUCCGGCAUCCGCUGUUGGAGGGAUGCUUCACCUGGUGCCCGCACAGGUCCACGUUAAUGGGCAUGGUAACAUUGACCGUGAGACCGACAUUCUAGAUGAUGAGCUUCCUACCAGUCAAGAGGGCAACAGUGUUGACAGCCUUGGGACGUUCUCUUCCACAGAUGGGCGGGCUACACCAGCUGAUCUCUACUAUCAGUCUGAGUCCAUUAUCAAUGGUCAGGACCAUGUGCCAUAUCUGGAGCGCAACGUCCCAGAAAAGCCUCUGGAAACCGUCCAACCACAGCUUGGCAUAUCUGGCAAGUCUGUCACGUUGCCCCACAGUGAUUCUACCCCAUUCUCUGGUAGUUACAUGCCUACUCAGAAUGGCAGUCUGUACCGCUCUCAGUCUUUUGGUGCAGAGUCAAAGUCAAUGCCACAAGCUCCCACUCGCACCACUAGUAGCAGGGAUGCCGUCCAGCGCGGUCUCAAUGUUUGGCAGCGGUUCGGAGUGCCAGAAGAGCCAGUAACUGAAGGCCUCACUUUUAGUCCGCCUCCCACUAUUGCAACCAUGCCCAGCCACCACAGCCUGCCACAGUUCCCUCAUCGCCACAGCGCCUCGCAACAAGAGAUUGAGCAAUCAAUUGAAACUCUCAAUCUCCUCAUGUUGGACCUGGAGCCAGGCCGUUCGCUGGUGACAAAGUCCCAAAGUGCUCCAUUGCGGGAAAACACUACUGUUGUGACCACACAGCCAUCCUUUUCUCAGAACCAAACCAGGCCCUCCUGCCUGCCUGAUUCCACCAUUCACACCCACUUUUCAGGCCCCGUGUCCAGCCACUCAUCACCACCUGUCAAGCCUAGUACAUCAGAACCUGCACCUGUCCAACGAUCUCUGAGCUACACCUCUGGAACAGCUGCAACAAGUAUUUCCUCACAAGCCCCCCCCACUGUAAGUGGCCAGAACAAGACAGUCAACACUUACCCACCAACAACGUUGCCCCAGUCUGCAGAGGCCUCUGAACCCCAGAGAAGCCCUAGUGCUUCUUCGGCAUCACCCCAGCCAAGAGACAGUGAGCCCGAUGAGGUCUUCAACGUUGAAGGUCUGGUUGCCCAAAGAGUGGCUGGUGUCCAGGCCCGUGCGUCAUCCUUGGAUGAGCCCACAGCUGCUCCCCGCCGCCGCAUCACCAGCGAAGGCCAGAACGGACCAGAUGACAGUACGUCUCCUGAUGUCCCACUUCGCUCUCCUAUUCGGUGUGUUUCACCAGAGUUUGUCAACGCCAUAGCGAUGAACCCCGGUGGACGGCCAAAGGAGAAAAAUAUGCACAGCUAUCGAGAGGCCUUUGAGGAGCUGGAAGGAGGUCACAUCAGUCCUACACCCACAGUUGGUGGUGAGGUGUUUCCCCAAACCCCUGCCUUCCCCGUCUCGCCGCAAACCCCUUACUUCAACCUAUGUCGCUCCCCUCCUGGUCUUGCCAAGACUCCACUGUCAGCCCUGGGUUUGAAGCCCCACAACCCAGCAGAAAUCCUCCUCAAUCAAACAGGCUCAGCACCAAGAAGCUAUGUGGAGUCUGUCGCCAAGUCAGCAGUGGCAGGAGGAGAGCCAUGCACAUCACAUAGAAGCCUUACUCCGCUGGGAGACGCUACAACCAAGCAGAGAAGUCCAAGUCCCACCGCCACCCACACACUGAACCCACCUUUGUCCAGUAGCAGUCCCAUACAGAGCUCACAGGGCGAUCACCCUGUAGCAGAGAGCAGCGUUAGCACUCCGUCCCAUCCCACUACUGAUUCCGGGUUCCGCUCCCAGCCUACAGAGAGUGCCUACCCCACUCCUACUCCAUCAUAUCAAGCCCUGAAUACCCCCACUUCAUCCUACCUGGAUUCUAGCUCUCCAACCUCCUCCUACCUUGGCACUGCAACACCCACACCACCCUACCUGGGUCCCAGCACCUUGUUAGCAAGCUAUGCAUCCUCAGAGCCCAGCCCACCCAGUUCAGAACCAGUUCAGACCACACUCGGCCAUGGAAGCCCCAGUACACAGAUCCAGACCAACAUCAUUGGCUCUACCAACAAUCCCGUCCUCCAACAGCGCCCCAGUAGUAAUCAGGAAGUUCCCGUCAUGAGCCAGCAGACAUCACCAACUAAUGGCUUUGAAAUGGGCGUGUCGGGUCUCAGCGGCAGUCCCGUCCUCGGUCAUUGUCCGUCUCAGGGAGCGCAGAGCAGUCCAGUCCUCAGCAGACAGGCUGCUAUGGGGCCAGGGCCUCAGCAGAGCCCAGUCCUCAGCAGACAGCCGUCCCUCGGUCAGCCUAUUCAGAGCAGCCCUGUGCUCAGCCGACAGCCAUCGAUCACACACGCUCAAGGGAGUCCGGUGUUGGGCCGUCACCCCUCCAUUUCUCAAAUGUCCCAGAGAAGCCCCAGUUUAGACCGUCACCCCAUGCACAGUGGUUACACGACACCAGAUGAACGACACGGGAACCUGUCACGACAGAGCAGUUCUUCGGGCUACCAGGGACCACCGACUCCCUCGUUCCCCAUCUCACCUGCAGGCUACCAAGAUGGAGGGAUGAUGGGGAUGGGUUUAGGGUUCAGGCAGGGCAGUCCAGCCCCUGGAUUCCAGCCCCAGCUUCCAGAAAAGAGGCGCAUGUCAAGCGGCGAUAGACCAAACGGAGCGCUAUCCUAUGGCACGAUGAACGGGAAGAUGGUGUCCACAAUGAGUGGAGGAGGCAAUCCAAGCUACUUCCACACCCUUUCUGACUUUUCAAGGUUCAAUAUGCCUGACGGAAGCCCCGACAGCAGGCUGAACGUCAAGUUUGUUCAAGACACAUCCAAGUUCUGGUACAAACCUGACAUUUCCAGAGAGCAAGCCAUCAGCCUGCUGAAGGACAGGGAGCCUGGAGCCUUUGUUAUCCGGGACAGUCACUCCUUCAAAGGAGCUUAUGGCCUAGCCAUGAAGGUGGCGUCUCCUCCACCCACUGUGCAUCCGAACAAGAAAGGUGACAUCACCAAUGAGUUGGUGAGGCAUUUCCUGAUCGAGAGCAGCCCUAAAGGAGUGAAGCUGAAAGGCUGCCCCAACGAGCCUUACUUUGGUUGCCUGUCUGCAUUGGUCUACCAACAUGCUAUAACACCACUGGCCCUCCCAUGCAAACUAGUCAUCCCUACCACAGAUCUCACUGAGGAAGUACCGGAGGUCACAACAGCAAACCCGAUGGCUGAAAGGCUGAAACAAGGAGCAGUGCUGAGGGCUCCUGCUGAUUCCCAUGCAUGCAAUGUUCUCUACAUCAACUCAGUGGAGAUGGAAUCACUGACGGGGCCUCAGGCUGUCGCUAAGGCCAUAUCUGAGACACUGGCUGCUGCUUCUCCACCUACUGCCACCAUUGUGCACUUCAAGGUGUCCUCACAAGGCAUCACACUCACUGACAACCAGAGGAAGCUUUUCUUCCGACGCCAUUACCCUACCAACACUGUCACGUUCUGCGAUAUAGACCCUCAGGACAGAAAAUGGAACAAGCCUGAGGGAGGAACAGCCAAGCUGUUUGGGUUUGUGGCGCGUAAGCAGGGAAGCACAACAGACAACGUCAGCCACCUCUUCGCCGAGCUGGACCCUGACCAACCUGCCAGCGCCAUCGUCAACUUCGUCUCGAAGAUGAUCACCUCGCAGAAACGAUGAGCGCUGUCAGCAAAAACCCCUGGCGCCUUUUUUAAAAAUAACUUUGGUUAUUUUCCUUCCUUUUCUUUUAAACCUCACAGACGCUUUCAGUUUUACGUUUCGCUUUAUUUUUCCUGCUCUUUCACAUUUAAGCCAACGCGUGUGUAGUUGUGAAAGAAUGAGUGCGUGCACGUGUGUUGAGAGUGUGUUCGUGUGUGCGCAGCUUGCAUGCGUUUGCUUAUAAUCUUGGAUGGACUCCAGAAUGGACCAGAGGAAGUGCAGGAUGAGGCGUGGCUGUGUGUGACAAUGGGGAAGGGAGGCGACUUUAACCUCCCGGGCAGGCUUAACUCAUGAACAGGAAGAGGGAAUGACAUUGUGUGCAAAUGUUAUUUUUUAAGCAACUGUUUCGUUUUUUAUUUUUUUUAAAAAAAAGAAGAAGUCAAGUAGUGUGAUGUAAAAGGUGGAUUGUGAAUCUAUCAGGCUUUUUUGACUGGUCAACCAAAGAUUUUAAAAAAGCAGUCAGGGCGGGUAUAGCGUGCCACUGACGAUGAGGGUCGGAAGUAUUCUUUUGUAAAACAAAUAUGGCUGCUUAAACAAAAAAUACUGUUUCUUUCUGUAUGUACUGAUACUGUAGGUCAAUUCUGCACCGUUGCCAUCUUGCAAAAAAAGAAAAAAAAAGAUUUUUUGCAGCUGGUAAGGGCUGUGUAAAUACUCUAGAUUGCUUUUUUUGAGUAGGACUGUUCUAGAUAACAUUUGGUGCCUGACUUUCUUAACUAAAUGCAGAGCUUUUAAAGAAAAAAAAAAGAAGAACCUAAAACAUAUCCACGCCGUCUUAAUAUAUGCAAAUAGCCAAAAUACCACAGGUCCUUCCCUGUUCGUAGUGUAGCUAAAGAUGCGACUGAUGUGCAGCUUGAGCCUGAAGAGAUCAGCUGAAUCUUGCAUUCAGUGAGACCACAGAAAAAAACAUCAUAGACGUCAUUGAAUCACUGCAUCCACAAGGGAUUGAUUGUAUCAGAGAAGCGUGGAGGAGGGUUUGCUUCCCGUCUGCCGCCAUCCUCUGUUCAGCCUCCGCAGCACAUAGCCACACCGUUCACUCAUGAUUGAAGGGCCAAGGGCAGUUUUUUUUGAGGACGAUCUUUAUUUAAAAAAAAGAAAGAAAGAAAGAAAGAAAAAAGAUUUAGUCCUCCAAAUCUGCUCUGCACUUUUCUCUGCUCAAAGUUUCCAUCGAUGAAAGCUCUUUGCGUCAGCCACUCACCCUACCCAAAAGUAAGCUAUACAUAUAAAUAUACAUAUAUAGAUAUAAAUAUAUAUAUAUAUAUAAACUUCCAAACAGUGACUUAAGAUAUUUAUUUUUGUUGCUUUGUUGCUCUAUAUUAUCUUGUAUUAUAAAGUAUACAUCAAGAUUACUGAAAGCAAGAAGAAAAGAUUGCUUUUAUUUUGGCUAAAGUCAAGUGCAUUGACGUAUAUAAAGGUGUAAAGUGUGUGCAUUUAAAAGGUGUAUCACUGUUGUUUUUGAAUGUUUUUUUUCACAGCAUUAUUUUCUUUUGUUAACAUUUUUCUUGUUGUUGUUUUCUUGGGGGAAAUAUUUUGUAUGAAAAAUUGUUGUUACUAAAGUCCAAAUUGGAGUUAUCCUAAAGUGACGCCAACGCCGCUGUUUUAUUAACUUAAAACCUGCCGAGAAAAUACGUUGUCCAAGUUUAGAGCACUUAAAAUGUUGAAGUAUUAUCCGUGUUUUUGUUGUCAACCGAGUGGAGGGUAGAUGUUGACAGACCUGUGUCAUGUCCCUGUGUGUAUUCAGGCAGACUAUCGGGGGUCCUUACGUUCACACCGCCUCACAGUAGGUCUGAGGCUUUUAACAGCCAAACCAAGUCAGUUUAGUAAGUAGCUGCUUCCCCCGUGUGGCGCAAAAGGAUCACUACAAAGGAGCUACUUUUAUUCUAAUACAGUGUUUUAGCUGUGAAAUAUUGAGUUAACAUAAUUUGAUCACUGACAAAACUUAAAUGAUUUUGUAGUUUUCUUGACAAACAAAAUUAUUUUGCUUUUUCAAUUUUAAUUAAAGGAAUAAGCAGCAAGGAAAACUCCCAACUAUGGCAGCAUGAUGCAAAAUAAAUAAGGGUUAGUUUGGGGGCCUAUAUGGACUCAAACCUACGUGUCCAAAAAGAAAAAAAGCAAUGCAGCACUUCCAGGAGUUUUAUACCUGACUAGAAUGUUCCAUUAUUUAUUAGCAGGAGCUUGCAUGCUCGACUCAAAUUGUAACCUUCGGCCUGUUGACUAAUCUGUGCACAGCAUCUUCAUGUCUCAUUUAAACCAGCCUUUGCGCAGAGAAGCCCAUAGAAAGAUAUCAGUGUGAGUUUCACGUGACGACUGCCUCUUGGCUCAGCUUAUAAGACAAAUAAGCUUUUUUUUUGCCUACAAACUCCUUGAGGGGGGAAAAAAAGACUUCCUAACCAUGAAACUGAAUGUCAGUCAUUUGUUUGUUUGCCAAGAUGGACACUCCAGUGGCGCCUGCCCACUCUAGACAGAUCAGUCUGGACCCAAGAAUGUGUGUGAAUGAGCUACUAUUCCUGUAUAGAGCUUUGUCAUGUUGUUUUGGUUUGCUACAUUGUAUGGCUUUUACUAUUUCUGAUGGAAAAAAACACAUUAAAAAGCAGUACAAAUCAAAAA